AUGUUUGCAUUAUCCAUAAAACCUCUAAGGGAUGCAUUGGACGAAUGGGAUCCUAGAAUACUUCAGAACAAUACAUCGCUUCUCCUUGCCCCCCUUUCCGCAGUGGGUUCAGCUCCCAUUGGAGAGAGGCGCCUCGGAGGAGACGCGGGAAACGAGCUUUUCAAGAGGCCUCAAGGAGGGCGACGCUGCUUUCCGCACGUAGCUGUUGGGGGCGAGAGAAUUUGGAGAGCCUUUGGUCAGAAGCAGAGAGCCAAGCUGCCUAAAAAGAGAAGGGGGGGGCUCCCUACUUUGUUUCCCCAUGUCACUCUCGGCAGCACCCAAAGGCAAAUAUCCUUCCAAAUUACUUUGCCCAGGACCCGUGCUUCAUUAAACGCUGACCUCCGACUCAACGCUUACACAGCGUUUUAUGGUUUUCUCAGAAUCACCUUUAGCACUCAAAAACAGGUCCCGGGGAAUAUCCUGACUCAGAAUAAACUGCCACUCCUUGACCUUUACAACUUGGCAAAGAGUUUCCUUCAAACUAAGGUGCAUUACUCUUUGCUGCUGCAAAAAGAUAAGGCAUUGAGGAAAUUUCAACUCUUGGUUUUAUUUGCAGAGAUUGGGGCCUGCCUGCGUACAAAAUCCACGGUUCUUCUUAAGGAAACAGGAACAACAAUCCCAAAUUUUAUUUCUGUGGACCAAAAUUUACGGAGCAGAGUGGUCUUUGCCUCUAUAGUAGUGUGUCAAACUUGCGAUGACACAUUGUCACGUGAUGUAUCGCAACUUUUUCUCCUUCACUAAACCAGGGGUGGGCGUGACCAACACAUGAUGCAUCCAGGCCGCGAGUUUGAUAUCCCUGUAUAGAG